AUGGUGCUCAUAUUUUUUCAAGUGGAUUUCGAUUUAUGUAAAAAAGAAUCUAGUGUUUUAAGAAGAAUUGGUAUUGGUUUAGGUAUUGGUGGUUGUGUGAUUAAUUGUAUGCUUUAUAAUGUUGAUGAUGGUCAUCGAGAUGUUAUUUUUGAUCAUUUUCAAGGUGUUAAACCAGAUGUUAUUGAAGAAGGAACUCAUUUUAUGAUUUCAUGGCUUCAUAGACCAAUUAUAUUUGAUAUUCGUACACGACCACGAUCUGUUCCAUUAAUAACAGAAAUAAAAGAUUUACAAACAAUUAAUAUAACAUUACGUAUUCUUUAUCGACCAAGAGCUGAACUUUUACCAAAAAGUUUUUGCAAAUUUGGUUUUAAAAUCUGUUGUACUAAGUCUCAAUUUGAUGCUAUUGAAUUGAUUACACAACGUACACUUAUUUCUCAAAGUAUUAGUGAAUUAUUAAUAGAACGUGCUGCUCAAUUUGGUUUAUUACUUGAUGAUAUUUCAAUUACACAUUUAAGUUUUAGACCUGAAUUUACAAGUGCUGUUGAAUCAAAACAAAUUGCACAACAAGAUGUUGAAAAACAACGAUUUUUAGUCGAAAAAACGGAACAAAGUCGUCAAGCAAAUGUUAUUGCAGCAGAAGGUGAUGCUCG